AGUGUUUCAGUCUUCAGAGUGGAGUCAGUGGAUCAGCUCAUCGUGAGUCACUCCGCAGAGAGGAAGCUGCUGCUCGGUCUCUCUACCUCGGAACUACCUGAAAACUCAAAUAUUGGCACUGCGAGAACAAGGAUCCAGCAGCUUCUUUUUUUAUUUUUGACCAAUAACUUUUCCUGGAAUAUUCAGUUUGACUGUUGGCAACACAUUUUAUAUCUUAAUUAUCAGUUUUACAGCCAGGAGGGCAUCUCCUCAGCAGCAUGGAGGGAUUUACAUCUUUCUGCAACAUGAUUCUUGUUGCGCUUCUUCUUCUCGCCACCGUCUCAUCCACCAAGUUAAAUGUACCGCGGCUGAGACUGUCAUACAAAGACCUGCUGUCCACCAACAGGUCGUCUAUCUUCAGCGGUCAUCACGGCCAUCUCUCUCUUACCGCCGUCUUCCUGGAUGAGUACCGUGACCGCCUCUUCCUGGGAGGGAAAGACAUCCUGUACUCUCUCAUGCUGGGACCUGCCAGCAGCGAGUCCAAAGAGAUCUACUGGCCUCCAUUACCCGGCAACAGAGAGGACUGCAUUCAAACAGGGAAGGAACCACAGACGGAGUGUGCCAACUUUGUUCGCCUCCUGCAGCCCUACAACCGCACCCACCUCCUGGCCUGUGGCACCGGUGCCUUCCAGCCCAUGUGUGCCUUCAUCUACGUGGGGCACAGAGGAGAGCAUGUCUUCACCAUGGACCCUACAAAUGUGGAGAAUGGACGAGGGAAGGUUCCACAUGACCCCAGCCUCCCCUUCGCUAGCACCUUCAGUGGUGGAGAGUUGUAUACAGGAUUGACUGCGGAUUUCCUGGGUAGAGACUCUGUGAUCUUCAGGAGUAUGGGAGGUCGCUCCACCAUGAGGACAGAGACAGACCAGAAACUUCUCCACGACCCUAAGUUCAUCGCUGCCCACCUCAUCCCAGACAACGACGACAGAGACAACGAUAAGGUGUAUUUCUUCUUCACUGAGAAGGCCACGGAGGCCGGAGACAGGGAGGGCGCCAUACACACACGUGUCGGACGAGUGUGUGCGAAUGAUGUCGGUGGCCAGAGAGUGCUGGUGAGCAAGUGGAGCACCUUCAUCAAAGCCAGACUGGUCUGCUCUGUACCAGGACCUCACGGCAUCGACACACACUUCAACCAACUGGAGGAUAUUUUCCUGCUGAGGACCAAGGAUGAGAGGAACCCAGAUGUUUAUGCAAUCUUCAGCACCAUCAGUAAUGUGUUCCAGGGUUUUGCCGUGUGUGUUUACCGUAUGGCUGACAUCAGAGAAGCAUUCAACGGACCCUUCGCCCAUAAAGAAAGCCCCGACUACCAGUGGGGGGCCUACGAAGGCAGGGUCCCUUAUCCAAGACCAGGCGUGUGCCCUAGUAAAAUCACCAACCAGCCAGGCAGAGAAUUUGGCAGCACGAAGGACUUCCCUGAUUCAGUGCUGCAGUUCGCCCGCAGCCACCCGUUGAUGUGGCGGCCGGUGUUUCCCGCCCUGCGCCAGCCUGUGCUUGUUAAGGCCAACAUUCCUUACAAGCUGAAACAAAUCGUGGUGGACCGGGUCGAGGCAGAGGACGGGCAGUAUGACGUCAUGUUCAUCGGCACAGACGUUGGCACAGUGUUGAAGGUCAUUGCCCUGCACAGUGGGAACAGCCUGGAGACAGAGGAGGUCACACUGGAGGAGCUACAAGUCUUCAAAGUGCCAACUCCAAUUACAUCGAUGGACAUAUCCGUAAAAAGGCAAGCCCUGUAUGUGGGCUCUCCAGCAGGUGUGGUGCAAGUGAAGCUUCAUCGCUGUGAGACUUAUGGGAAAGCGUGCGCUGAGUGUUGCCUAGCCAGAGACCCUUACUGCGCCUGGGAUGGAUCCUUGUGCACACGCUACAUGCCCAACAGCAAACGUCGCUAUCGCAGACAGGACAUCAGGCACGCAAACCCCAUGCUGCAGUGCAUGGAUCAGAAUAGUGAAGACGUUGAUGUGACAGAAGACAGGGUGGUGUACGGGACGGAGAACAACAGCACCUUCCUGGAGUGUGUUCCUCGCUCUCCACAAGCUACUGUUACCUGGAUCAUCCAACGCGACGACCGCAAGGUCGAGGUAAAGCUGGACGAACGUGUGAUGUCUGCGGAGCAGGGCCUCCUGUUUCGUCGUCUCUUCCGCGAGGACGAAGGCGUCUACAUCUGCCGCUCCCUGGAGCAUGGCUACAUACAGACCCUGGCUCGCAUCACCCUGGAAGUCAUCCAGGGGGAGACCGUGGACGAGCUCAUGGCACGCGAUGCCGCUGGGUUCUCCGACUCGUUCAAAGACCGGUCCACGGGAAGCUACAGGGCCUGGAUGCCGUGCAGCGCGUACAGCAGAGGCGGCUCAUCGAGCCAAAUCGGCCAAUCGCGUACGUGGUUCAAGGAUAUCAUGCAGCUGAUUGGGCCGUCGAACCUGCCGCACGUGGAGGAGUACUGCGAGAGGAUGUGGUGCAACGACAAGCUGAG